AUGGCUACGAUGGGGGAGUCGGAGACGGUGGCAUCGAAGCCAGCGGAUGAGGACCGUCCAGCGCCGGAAAAGGCGCCAGACGCAUCUCUUAAGAGAAAAGCAGAAGACGAAGGCCCCGAGGACGAUUCUCCCAAGCGUGCAAAGCACGACGAUGACGAGGACGAUGACGCUACAUCAACUUCAAGGCGGCAACCUUCGCCUAGUCACGAUCACGAUCACAACCACGACCACGGCCACGACCACGGCCGCGAGGACGGCCGCGAGGACGAUGACAAGGAGGUCACUUCAGCUGCGUCCCAAGACCGACGCAGACAAGCUAUGCAGGAAGAGAAGAAGCGCGGAAAGCGACUGUUUGGCGGUUUAAUGAGUACCUUGAGCCAAACUUCUAACACAUCUCAGCAGCAGAAGCGGCGACAAGAAAUUGAGCGCCGGCAGCAAGACCGUAUUCAGAAGCAAAAGGCCGAGGAUGACCAGAAGAGAGCUGAGAAGCUGGAGAAGCUGCACUUAGUACGCAUGGCGGAGCAAAUUGUGUUUGACGAAGAAGUGAUGAAGAAGAAGCACGAAAAACGGCUGGCCAUGGCAAAAUUCUUGCGGACAAGGGCGGAGCCAUCAAUUUUCUACCUACCAUGGAAAACCACGCCUGAGCAGAAAGACACCAUCGACGACCAGAUCCAGAGGGCGAAAGCCACAGUGGAAAAGGAGGUGGAGCAAUUCAAGGCUCGAAAACAGCGGCACAUUGAGCGGUAUGGUCCCCCAACGAGGCAAAUCAGCGUGACCCCUGAUGAACCUGCUGCCAUGAGAGCACCGGAGCGCGAGAGCCCUGUCCGGAGUCCUCAUCACAGCGCCGAUAAAACACACCUACAGGAACGAAGAGUGUCCCAAGACCUGCACAGGGCGCAUCACGAUGAAUCUGGUGAUGACCUCGAGGAGGCUGAGGAGGACAUGGUGAUUUACUGA